GGUACUUUAGACACAUUUUGAUCAGUAAGUCUGAGCCCAGUUUUAAAGUGCCUUCAGAAAUAUAUCUAUUCUUUUUAUUUCAAAGACGUGCAAAUGCGCUCAUAUCAUAUCUUUUUCCUCUUUAAGUCUAGCAGAAGAGGAAGAUUGUUGACUACCAGAUGCAAAAAUACUCUACGAGAUGAGAAGUAUAAAUUCGAGACCUGUGUCCCUGAAGUCCAGCCUCAUCCUAACACCACCAACAUAUGUCCUCUUCUUGAUGCUCUAUGUAAGCUGUGAUCUGCGUGACAAUGGCGGCACAGCAGCAGAGACGCCAAGACGGCACAGUGAGUCUUCAUUUCGCUCGGACCAGUACGCCCACUUAAUAGCCCUCGCUUGCCAAGGGCUUUGCUAUGAGUGCUAUAUGCACGGGAUUUACAACCUGACUCACUGUACAACAACAUGUAAGACAUGGGCAGGUAUUUCAUUUGAUGGAUUUGACACAUUUGCCGUAGAUGUGACAAAGCACUGUUCUGCGUGACACUGCACGUACAAGUAGGCCUAAGCAUGACCGACAAAGUCUUGUAGUCAAAGGGUCGUUGCCCUCAGUAUUCUUAUUGGACAAAGAAAUUGUUUCUGUACAAGUGACACAAAGCAAAACGAUAACUGAGUCGAUGAAUGGCUAAUUGAUAUAAUGGCAAUUUGAUAUUGCCAAUUAAGAAGCACAAUAACGAAAUGGAAUUCUAAUCUAGCAAAACUGCUGUCAAAGGUUCAAUGAACAGAGUUCUUAACACCGAAGGAAUAAAAUAUAUGUCUGUUGUAUAUUUAUUGUACGUGGAAACAUAAAAGAACAAACACUAACGGAUUUAUAGCUAACAAUUCACGGUAUUGUUGAUAUCACAUUAUCUUUUAAUCGGUGCUUUCAUGAAAAAAUAAACGGCCGAUAAUGAGGUACCGCAAUACAAUGAGACCAUGCGUAUCAUGAAACUUACAUAAUAACUUUUAUACGA